AACACUGUUACGCAAUGCUCAUUGGCAAUACUGGCAUUUGAAUUUAUUAACAACUUUUAGUCAAACGCCCUAAACACAUCUGCAUAUUGAUUAAAAUUCUUGUGUGAGCAGUUUUAUCAGGAACAAUAUUAAAUAUUAAUUAUUUUACGAAGAUUGUGUUGCAAAUUUAUAAACAUUGCCCUCAGUUUCGUUGAAUAAGCAUUUUCUGCAUCCCGUUAUUUGACAUGGUUGCUUAUUGCACCUUACAUUUUUCUGUGGUGAAUAUUUAUUAAGUUACCACAGUUAAAAAAAGGCAUAAAUAUAUAUCGUAAUUAUUCUAAAAUUUGCCAAUAAUAGCCGCUCCUUUAAGAACAUAUAUUAAAAUAAACUUAUUUUAUUUUGAAAACAUAUUAAGGUAUUACAUAUAACCAAUAUUUUUUGGACAACUUUUUUAUAAAUUAAAAGAAAAUAGCAAGAUGCAACCAUUUUCCGGUUAAAAGUCGGCCAUCUUGGCUGUCUGUAGAAACUCAACCCCUAGGCGGACUUAACGUUUCUCCAUGGACCCUUCUCAGCUGUAGCUUUGUUUACAUCGAUCAUGAGGAAAAACAAUAAAUAUGCAAUAAACUUUUGCUUAGGAAAGACCUUUAAAAGUUUUGAUUAAUGGUUUCCAUAGCAACUACCUGUUCACAAAAAAAUUAUUAAAUUAUUUCUUUUUAUUUACAUCUCUGUCUCAAAUAGACAGAUUUCGUUCAAGUGAUCUCAGCUGUGUUACACAUAGGAAAACAGCUGAUUCUUUUGUUAUUUUUAGGAUUAUAAAUUGUUAAACAUAAACUUGGAAAAUUAUGAAGUCAAUGAACCUACAAGAGCGACAUAAUUAUAUUUUGAAGAAAUUCAUUAUUUCUGAUAAGUCCUCCAAAGGCAAGAAGAAUUAUCAGGACAUAGAUAUAAUAAAGCAACAUCAUCGAUUUUUAUGGGAUGACAACGAAUUACUUGAUAGUAAUAAUUCAUGGAAAGUUCAUAUGGCUAGACGUUACUAUAACAAAUUAUUUAAGGAAUAUUGCAUAGCAGAUUUAACUCGACAUAAAGAAAAUAAAGUUGCAUUGCGUUGGCGUACCAAGGAUGAAGUAGUUAUAGGAAAAGGACAGUUUCAAUGUGGAAGCAGAAAAUGUGAACAAAGAGAAAAUUUGCGCAGUUGGGAAGUUAAUUUUGCUUAUCAUGAGCAAGGAGAGUAUAAAAAUGCGUUGGUGAAGCUGCGACUAUGCCCCACUCACUCAGAGCAGUUAAAUUACACUUCACGAAAACGGGAAGUUAAGCGCUUAAAAAAGUUUACUGCAACAAAGGAACAAAUACUACGAAAAAAUCCAGAAAAAGCCCAAGUAGCGAGUUCUUUUCAAAACAUUGGAGCUGUACCAGAUGGAAAAAGUGAAAACGAGGAUAAGAUUUGGAACCGCAAAGCAGAUGUCGAAUUGGAGCAACCAUCCCGUGAAAUUGACUUUGAACGUUAUUUAGAAGAUCUUCUCUUAUAGUUUAUGAUUUUAUAACAUAUCGAUUAAUGAAAUAUCUUAACUCAAACUUGAAAAUUGUUGGUAAAACUACCAUGACUGCCGUUCCUAAAUAAAGCGUAGAACGGCGCGUUUUUUACCGCUUAGCGUUAACGCCGACGCGACAUCUUUAAAUAAAGCGGCAACUUUACAUAAAUUCUAAAAUUAGUACAAAAGAAAUUAAAUUUAAUAAUAAUACUUACAUCCAUUUGUACAAGCAUUAAACAUCGGUCGUCAAGAAUUUUUUCAGAAAAGUUACAAUUUCUCGGUUUUCUGCUGUCAACUUUACUUCACUUCUUAACGCGCUGUCAAAAUCGGAUUUUUCAACGCUUAGCUUUUAUUUAUGUAUGCGCCAUACAAAAUAUAUGGAACUGAGGAAUUUUUGACAGUAAUUUACCGCUGCCGCUUUUAUUUAAAGACGGCAGUAGAAAUGAAAACACGGCUACGACAGUUUACUACACUAUUUAAGGAUUUUUGAGAAAUAUGUGCAUGAAUAUAUUCAUAAACAUUAAUAAAUACAAUAUUUGUUUAA